GUUUCUUCCCACCAACAUGCAACAUGCAGCCGCCAUGUGACGCAGCGAUGAACGCGGCACUCUUGAACGCGGAGGGCGGCCGCUCCAUGAAGCUCCCGCGCCAGCCGCGGGCGCCGCCGGAGGUGGACGUGGAGGUGCCGCGAUGUGUUCUCCCCACGCCGGCCAAGACGUACUUAUCGGACGAAUUUAAGUCGCUGGUGGAUAAGUUGAUGCAGCAGCAUGUGGCGGACAUGAUGGAGCUAGAGUGCUUGGAGCCUACCAGCCUGGGCCUGGACGAGGUUCCGAACAUGUCCAGCAAGUGGCAGCGCAUGAUGUCGCCCUCGGUCUUCUCAGCGAUCUCGGGCUACUCGGCGGUCUCCGAUUCUGGAACCUUGUCCAAAACCAUCAUGCGGAAGCAGCACGAGCAAAUGCGCAGAGCUCCAGCGAAAGAGCAGAGGAGAUUGCGGCUGUGCAGGGCCAGCACUUUGGAGGCAGAUCAUAUCCUGGACACUCUGCUUUCGGAGGACCAACUACACAGCGACUCCAUCACUCCCAGCGCGGCAGGCCCAGCUGGUGUCAUGGAGUCCCUGAAGCGGUUCUUGGACUCGCGGUGCUACGCUCACUUGAUCGCGGUGUUUCUCACUCUGAACGUGCUGUGGAUGGCCUUUCAGCUUCAGAUCUUUGGGUCAACCAGCGAGAUCUUGGCAUCCGAUGUGCAGCCCUACCUUAUAAUGGUUGACACGAUCUUCGCUGCACUCUUUGCACUGGACGUCACGCUGCGAACCUGCACGCUGGGCUGCAGGUUCUUCCUCUCUCCGUUGAACUUCCUGGACCUCACCGUGGCGGUGGCGGCGAUCUCCGAGAUCGUCGUCUUGGCCACCCGCAACGAGGCUGGGAUCUCUUUGGUGGUCUUCCAACUGCUGCGGGUGGGCAAACUCUGCCGCGCCAUGCGAGUGGUAGGCAUCACCGCAGACGUGGCGCCCCUGCAGCUGCUGAUCAAGUGUUUGGAGGCCUCCAAGGACAUGCUCUUCUGGAGCUUCGUGUUGCUGACCUUCAUCCAGUGCGUGGCAGGCGUUUUAAUCGGCGUUCUUUGCCAAGACUUUUUGCUGGACGCGCAGAGCUCGCCGGAGGCGAGAGAGGAGGUUUAUGUCUACUAUGGCACUUUCACGCGGACCUUCCUGUCGAUGUUUGAGAUCAUGUUCGCUAACUGGGGGCCUCCGUGUCGCAUCCUGGUGGAGAACAUCAGCGAGUGGUUCUCCCUCUUUUUCUUGCUCUACAGGUGCGUGGUGGGCUUUGCCGUCUUGAACGUGGUGGGCAGCGUAUUCGUUCAGCAGACCAUGAAGACUGCCAGCUCCGAUGAGGAGUUGGCUUUUAAGCAGAAGCAGAAGGACAUCGCGCAAUACACCCGAAAGGUGAAGCGGCUGUUCCAAACCAUCGACAGCUCGGGAGACGGCACCAUCUCCUUGGACGAGUUCGAGCGUUUGGUACAGAGCCCAAAGCUCCAGUUUUGGAUGAGCCAGCUGGAGCUGGAGUACCACGAUCUCCUGAGCCUCUUCGAGUUCUUGGACAAUGGUGACGGCCAGAUCACGCUAACGGAGUUCAUAGAAGGAGCUGGGCGGCUGCGGGGGAGCUCCAAGGCGAUAGAUAUCUGGCGGCUGGAGACCAAGAUCGAGGUCCUCUUCCAGGAAGUCUUCAACAACCUGAAGGGCCCGAUCGCGACCCCGCUGCUCGUGCAGGAGAUCUUCAACAAUUCCAGCUUCAAGCACAUCCACACCACGAAGACCCCGGACUUGGAGACCAUCGACGAGCACAGCGCCGGCCCUGCGUCGCCCAUGGAACAUCUUAGUCCCAGAAGCUCGACACAGGCAGGUAUCGCUCAUUGACAACGUUGGACACCUCACGGUCAAGGCCCAACGUGCACUGCUGCACUUGGAGCAGGAGCAGCUUUGUGCGUUGCAUACCCUUCAGUCCGCCCAUGUGUCACCCAGCUGAAUCAGGCUCAGAUAACCGCUCGACAAGUGUGUCGGUUGUCUUUCGCUGAGACUUCGUUUUCGCAGAAGACAUGAUUUCCUUCCCUUUUCACCCUUGGCCCUUCAAAAUUGCCAGACAUGGCUUACCUUUCGAUUUGUG